AUGAACUGGCGCACCUUCCACGGCCACGGCGUAAACCUCGGCGGCUGGCUCGAACAAGAAUCAACAAUCGACACAAACUGGUGGAGCACCUACUCUGGUGGUGCAACCGACGAAUGGGGCCUCUGCGCCCACCUGGGCCCAAAGUGCGGUCCCGUCCUCGAACACCGCUACGAAACAUUCAUCACGACGCGGGACAUCGACACCCUCGCCGCCUCCGGGGUAACCGUCCUCCGAAUCCCAACGACGUAUGCCGCCUGGGUGCGCGUGCCCGGAUCGCAGCUGUACUCGGGAAACCAGAAAGAACAUGUCCGCCGCAUUGCCACGUAUGCCAUCGAAAAAUAUGACAUGCACAUCCUCCUCGAUAUCCACUCUCUGCCUGGCGGUACAAACGGUCUUGAUAUCGGCGAAGCAACCGGUCAUUGGGGCUGGUACAAUAAUGACACAGCUAUGAAGUACUCGCUUGAUGCUGUGGAUGCCGUGUUAAACUUUAUCCAGUUCUCUUCGGGUCAUCCGCAGGCCUACACGCUCGAGCCGAUUAACGAGCCAGUGGAUAAUAGGAACUUCUCGACGUUUGGAACUCCUGCGGCGCUCUCAGAGGCUGGGGCUAGUUGGCUGUUGAAGUAUAUUCAUGCUGUUAUUGACCGGACGCAGAAGGUCAACCCUCGUAUCCCUGUUAUGUUUCAGGGGAGUUUCAAGCCUGAGACGUACUGGAGCCCACAUUUUGAUGCUCGCACGAACCUAGUUUUUGAUUUACAUCAUUAUUAUUUCCAGUAUGAUAACUCUACUUCGGCGAAUUUGCCGGACUUUCUUUGUAAUGAUGCAAAGGAAAGCGCUGGUGAUGGGAAGUUUCCUACCUUUGUGGGAGAAUGGGCGAUUGAAGCUUCCAAGGACAAUGACCUUGGGCUGCGAGGACGGAAUAUUCAGGCUGGAAUUUCGGCAUUUGGGCAGUUUACCAGGGGCAGUUCGUAUUGGACUGCGAAGUUUUCAAGUAAUGCUACCACCGAGGGACAGGGCGGGAAGGCGGAUUAUUGGAAUUAUGAGGAGUUGAUUCAGAUGGUGGAUGGGCAGGUUGAGUUGCCGAAUUAUUGUUAA